AUGGUGAAUUUUAUCAUUGUCGUUCUUCUUCACUUUAUUUCUUGCCAGUUAUAUGUCGAAAUCGUUUAUAGCUCAGCCGUCGACAUCAAAUCAGCCCAAUCAUUAGCAGUAGCUUUAAAAAAUACCUUUAAUAGCCAAAUCGAGCUAAAAACUACUAAAAUAAGCACGAAAUUUGAUAUUUUAGCUCUAAAAAGAAACUUGAAACUUAUAAUUGACUUGACUUCAAGCGUCUCAUUAGCAAGAUAUCUUGAAGAAUUUGCUACACAAACAAACUCAAUUAUAUUAUCUUCUAAAAACACAGAGCAAGGCUUUCACAAUCGGCGUUUUUUUACCCAUUUUCCUAUUGAAGAUCAUGUAACAGCUGUCAGAAAAAUAAUUUCUUACCUAAAUUGGGAUAAAUUUCUUACUCCCUCUCUAAGCAUGCAAAACGUUUGGAAAUUUUUAUUUUUGGAAAAAUUAACCACUUAUAAUUUUUAUGUAAAAUAAUUUAUUAUUAACUUAUUAACUUAAAUUUUAUCUCGGAUGUACCGCAUUUCUCUCGUUUUUACUCAAAAAAUCCCAAAAGAUUCCAAAAAACCCCAAAAAAUCCCAAAAAGUCCCAGAAAAUCCCAAAAAAAUCCUCAAAUAGGCAAACAAAAAACAACACAAAAAUAAUUCACCUCACAGCACAUCAGCAAGAUCACCAACAGCAACCUACAGUCCUUGAAGCUGAGCCCGGAAUUUUCAGACGAAAUACCGAUUAGCACAUUCCUCAUCCUAAAUCGGCCUCAGAAAACUCAAGCACAGCUUCGCCAAUUCAUCUCCGAUUUUUCCGUCAUCUCGCUAUGUUCCACUCCUCCGCCUAAAGCACCCGCACUACUCUCUCCUCUUCUUGCUUUUGGCGCGAAGAGCCUAAAAAAUUUUUUUUUUUUAAUUUUUGUGUAAAAUAAUUUAUAUAUAAUCAUUGGUUAUUAUAACAGAUUUCUAGCAGCAUAAAUUCUUCCUUAAAAUAUAUUAAAAAUUGAAAUUCUAAACCCAAAAUAAUUUUUUAAUAAAAAUUUUUAAUUUAACCUCCUUUAAGAAUGACUUUCUCGAAGUGCAGAGUUAUAGUUUAUGACUAUACAGAAGAAGCAAUUCUCCAAAUUCUGAAAAAUGAAUUUUCUGACAAACUUGUUAGCUUUUAUUCAUUUCUUAGUGGUGGAAGUCAGAGUUCAGCAGAUUUGUUUAUAGGAAAAUUAAUUAAGCCUAUCGGAAUUAGGAACAUUGUUUUACUUACUCAAGGGGAAAACACAAAAAAAAUUAUAAUCAGUUUAAGAACAAAAUAUAUUUUUAAUGCAGGAUCUGGGAUAUUUUUAGGAAGCAGCAGUUUUAGCUCUAAUAUGACAGCUGAUGGAAUUAUAGGGUUUAUAGAAUCAGGAUUAGAGAAGUCAAUUGAUUAUUCUUCCUAUGAAUUUAUAGCAUACGCAAAAUUUAUUAGCCUUAUUUUAGGAUUUUCUUCAAGUUUUGACCAAUUUGCUUUACAUAAUUUUUUAGAAAAAAAUACAGUUAAGCAUUGCCCAGUCCCAAAUUUUUCGAUAAUAAACAUCCAGAAUUACCGAAGAAUAAUUAUUGGAAACCUCUCAAAUGGCUCUUUAAAUAUCACCUCCGCCCCUAUUUUUCCUGGAAAUACAACAACAGUCCCAAAUUCUCCUUUUACAUAUAUUCCUAUAUCAAUAGCAGAUGGUCUCACGAAUCCAGGCUACUCUAACAGCACUUAUAAAACAAAAGAAGGCGCUGCUUAUGCACUUACUUAUAUAAAAGAGCACAAUUUUUUUGAGGGUUUUGAAAUGUCAGUGACUCAUACUGAUUGUGGGGCUGAUGUUUUUAACUCAACAUAUGCUAUAGCUUGCUUUAAAGCCCUACGUACCAAGCUUGGCGUUGGCUAUUUAACUUCUCCAUUUCCUUUAACGUGUGUAGGAAGUAUAAUGAUCCUAAGAAGCCUAAAUGUCACAAUUCCUCACAUUUCUGAGUAUUCCCAGUCCAUUUACUUAAGCAACUCUACAGUUUAUCCCGAGUUUAUGAGGACUAUAAAAGAAUUGAGAUAUAACAUUGAAGUCUUGCUUAAGUUUUUUGCCAUUUUUCAAUGGUCAAAUUUGAUAUUUUUAUAUGAAAACCAGUCCGGAGCAAUUAUGGCAUAUGAGUAUGUGCUGGAAAAAGCAAAAAAGUAUAACAUAAAUAUAGUAAACCCUGAGAGUGAAAGAAUAAUAAAAGCGAACUACCGGCACUCAGACUUUUCUGAGUAUAAACAAGUAAUGAAAAACAUAAUAAACCAAAAAGUAAGGAUUUUUUAUUUGAAUCUGACUCCUCCUUCUUGCUUUUAUUUUAUUGAAGAUUUGUAUGAUUUAGGCUUGAGAAGAGGCGACGUCAUUUUUUUGGCUCCUCAAAGAGCUGCGUAUCAGUUACUGAAUGAAAAAGACCCUAAUCAGCUUCGGAAAUUGAAUGAACUUUUUUAUGGAGGACUUACAGUUGACCAAGUUGAGUGGCUUGGCAGUUUUGGUGCAGAAGUCAAAGAAAACUUUUUAUAAGCAGCAAAUUAAAAUACCAUUUUGCGACGCAAAAACUUAUUUAAUUCACAAAUUCUUAAAUUUGUACCCAAAUUAAUACAGCAAAAUAUAAAUAUUUAUCAUUCUUCGCCUAAUUUCAAGUGCUUAUCAUUUGACGCAGCUAUGCUAUUGUUCAACGGACUAAAGUACACAAUUCAACAAGGCCAACUUGUGGAAAACCCAAGGGUGCUAAUAAAAAACUUGAGAAGCCAAAAAUUUACGGGCUGUUCAGGACUAGUAUGGCUUAAGACCCCUUAUAGAUUCUUUAGCAGUAGAACCUAUGCUAUUGAAUAGGCCACGAAAAUCCAAUUUUUAUGAAAAGGGCUAAUUAAAAUUGACAAAUAUUAGCUAUAAUUUGGAUUUUUCAAUUUUAAAUUGUACUUAUCAGAAAAAUGACAUUUCGUGGCCUAUUCAAUAGGCAAAGAUACUGCUCCUAAGCGAUCAAAAAUGGGACUGGAGCUAUAUCUAUUGAUGGAGCUUCAAAUGAUAGAAGCGUCAGUGUUAUAGGGAUUUAUGAUAUGAGGUGGAAUAAAGCUGAACAAAUGAUAGAUGAAAAUCAAGUGGGGAUUUAUGACAUUGGAGGGGAGCAGCUAUUCACAUUUUCUGAAAAAAUUCAAUGGUAUGAUAAUACUACUAAUAUCCCUUCUGAUUUGAUUAUAUACCCAAAUGGAUGCCCAUUUGAUCCGAAAUAUAAAGAAUUUUCUAUCAAAAGUGCCUCCAUUCUAUAUUCUGUCGAUUGUCUGUGCUUAUUUGUGACGGUUAUCACAAUUUCUUAUGCAUGAAAAAAAUUUAAAGGUGUUGAAAUAGAGAACCUAAAGGAGCGCAAGCUGAUAGACUCAGGAGACUAUAUUGCGUUUGCAAUGGUCAUCACUGAUUUUCUUCAGCAUCUUUCUUUUGCUCCUGAUUUUUCUGACUAUGACUCAAUUUUUACAUCAAUUUCUAAAAUUUCUAUGUUCAAGGUAAAUUGGACAUCAUUUACGGUUUAUUUUUAUUUCAUGGUCGUAUUAGCAUUUUUAUGACUAUUUUUGCUGCUACAGAUGGUAUGCCGAUUUGAUAGGAAACUUAAAAAAUGUUGCUUUCUUUACUAUAAAAAAAUAUCAGAAUUAUUAUUGCCACAUAUAGGGAAUUUGUGUUUUUUGCCUAUAACUUCAAUUCUUAUUAAUGAAUUUAUAUUAUAUUAGAUUAAUAUCGAAUGCAGAAUAAUCCAUGAAUUAUAAUAAUGCAGCUUGCAAUACAAAUAACAAAGCUAUUAAGUUAUAGAAUAAUUGCUCAGAAAGUAUUGGAUCAGAUCUUACUCAAAGUUUUCUGAAAAAUGAUUGCGCAUUAUUCUGCUGGAAAGGUUCACACAUAAAUUAUAUUAUCCUUUCCUCAGUUGCGCUUAUAUGUUAUCUCCCCACUGUGCUUUACUGCAGGCCUAGUAUCGAAAUCUCGAACAAUUCUGCAAAUAUUAAAGCAAGACCAUUAUUUAUUGUAUCAUAGAUGGCAUUAAUUAAAGUGUUUGAGGUUUAUAAUGCUACGCUCGUUAAAAGGAAGGGGUUAAAAUGGUGAAGUCACGAGUUUUCAGAUCCAAAAGGUCAGACUAUCCCAAAUAUCCUGACUGUAAUCCUGAUCAGCGCUUCUCAUCCGACGCAGUGCUAUCGCCCCUGUCUGACUCAGCUCCUGCGCGUGCUCCACCUAAGGGCUAUCCUCCUCCGACUUGCUGAAUGGUAAAACCCUGAGCCUCUUGGAUUCACUGAGGAGCAGUUCCUCUGGCUAUCCUCAAAGUUAAGCCGCUAUUACUGUACAGAAGUUCUCGAGAGAAAACAAAACCAAUAAAUAAAAUCCAUUAACUACCCUCUCCGUGAGCAAACUUAACCAUUAGUUAAAUCCCUAUUUUUUGCUCAAAAACCCACCCUCUAUGAGCGAACAAAAAUUUUUUAUGAAAAACAAAUUUGAUAUAUAAGUGAUAAUUAUUAUAAUGAAAUCUAUAGCUAAUUCUGUUUAAUUAUAAACAAAUUGCGUUGAAAAAAUAUAAAUUUUAUAAAUUAAAUUAAUAUUUGUUUCCAAUUUUUGCGAAUUAGGAUUGUUUUUAAAUUUCGAAAAAAAAUAAAAUUUUUUUUCCCUCCUUGAGUAAACGAAAUUUUUUUAUUCAACGGAGGGAAGGAAGUAAGGAGAAAAAUUUAGCUAACUCCCCCCCCCCCUUUAAAUUGAAACAAAAUAUAGGUAAAAUUCCUACUUUUUUGGGACGUAUUUACAUAUAAAAUAAUGAUUUUUACCUAUAAAAUUUUUCUAUUAUAAUAAAAUUUAAUACCCUAUUUAAUAUGCUUCAAACAUAGGCAUUGUCAUAAAAUUAUAAUGUUAUUAAAUAUAAUUUACUCAAUUUAUUGUCUCUUUAAAUUUAUAUAAUUUAUUUUCUAUAAAAUUUUAUCUCUGAAAAAUUUUUAUAUAUAAAUUUUUUUUAUAAAAAAAUUUUCUUAACCCCCCUUUAAAUUGAAACAAAAUUUUUUGUUUCAAUUUAAAGGGGGGGGGGGAGUAAGCUAAAUUCUCUUGAGCAGAAUUUCAUUAUAUUUAUCAAUUAUUUAUUAUAUCAAAAACUAUUUUUCAAAUGAUUAUUAUUGUACUGAAUAACACCUUGAUGAUCCGUAGCCCAUCUUUAUAUGGGCUUAUUUGCAUUAUAAUAAUUAUUUUAUUUCUGUUGCUCUGAUUAAAGAAGCAGCCAUAUAAUUACCAUCAGUGUAAUCUGCUGUCAUUUAUUUCUUAUUUAGCGCUACUGUGAACAAUUGCAAUUUCUUCAAUAUCUAAGCAAGUAGACUAUCAUUAUUCUGCGUUUUGAAAAGGACUCCAAUAUGGAGGUUGAAUAAGCAUAAUAGUAAUUGGAAGAAUUUUCCAGCUUAAAUAUUGCCCAACUCUGCUUUUUAGUGAAGAUCCUCCAGAUAUUGCGAUGUUUUUCAAAUUUUCUUUGAGUAAAAGGAUAUCUGCUGAUCAUAUAGCUCAUGCACCUUAAUAGAUAUCUAUACCCCAGCAGAAUACGGCCAGAAAAAAUAUGGUAUAGGAUACCUGCCUUAUACUGUAUAAGUCUUAUUAGGCACCUUAAAAUCAUAAACGGAGACUUGUCAUUUUUGUUUUUACUUUUCAAAAAAGCAGACAAGUACAAAUUAAUUUUGAAAAUUAAAAUAGAUGGCCAAUGAUCUAAAAUAUUUCAGGGGCUAUAUAAACCGUAUGAAUAAAGAAAAAUCUGAAAAAAAAUAUUUGUUCUUGGCGAGCGAAAUAAGCAAAGAAAAUGAAAAAAUAUAUCAGUCCAGUCAGCAAGUUGAAAAUUCGAGUUUUAAUUAA